CAAAGAAAAGCCUAUACCACUGAAAAAAAUAUUUGUUAAUGUUAUUAUGGUUUUAUGGUCAUAGGGGGAAAGGCUUGUCCUGUCUGGGUUAAGAGGGGUUUUGAGAAAAGGUCCAGUUUUGGGGGCAUUUUUUAAGAUUUGAGAGAGAAAAGAGGGGGCAUAAAAAAAAUUGGUGAUGGAGGUAUGUCCAUGGUGUCUCUCUGAUACAAAAGAAUGUUCCAUCUACUAGGUCAGUUCUUAUUAUAAGUGGGCUUUGGGCUUUUUCCAUUUUUUUCUCCUCAAGUAUGAGAAAACACAGAAGCUGAGGAAUUGUUAAGUGGGGUGGCUGAAAUUUGUAGAAAUUUUCUGGUGGCUCUACCAUUAGAGAGCAACGCUGGCAAAGGGAAAUGGAGUGCAAUAAAGAUGAGGCCACCAGAGCUAAAGAGCUUGCUGAGAAGAAGUUCAUGGCCAAGGAUAUUGUGGGGGCAAAGAAAUUUGCUUUGAAGGCCCAGAAUUUGUAUCCUGGGCUUGACGGUAUUUCCCAAAUGAUAGCAACACUCGAUGUUCAUAUUUCUGCGGAGAACAGAAUAAAUGGGGAAGCAGAUUGGUAUGCCAUACUCGGUGUGAAUCCACACGCUGAUGAUGAAGCAGUGAGGAAACAAUAUAGGAAGCUUGCUUUAAUGCUUCACCCUGAUAAAAAUAAGUCUGUAGGAGCUGAUGGGGCAUUUAAACUUAUUUCAGAGGCAUGGAGUUUGUUGUCUGAUAAGGCUAAGAGAGUAGCAUAUGACCAGAAGAGGAGUGGGAAGUUAAUGCAAAAGGUUUCAACACCUAGUGCAGGUCCAACAGCAUCAAAAGUGGCAAAUGGUUUUCACAAUGUCACCAAAACAACCACUUCAAGUGCGAGGAAUUCCAAGAGUAACCCACGUGCUGCUCAGUCUUCGACCCCUGCUGGUCGUACAUCAAACCGUCCUGGUCAGUCUUCAAAUCCGGCAUCAUCUCAUAAGCCAAAACCAAAUACGUUCUGGACUGUCUGUCACCGAUGCAGGAUGCAGUAUGAGUAUCUGAGAGUGUAUCUUAAUCAUAAUCUACUGUGCCCCAACUGCCAUGAGCCAUUUUUGGCUGUAGAAACCGCUCCCCCAACCACAUCUACCUCUACCUCUUGGAAUUAUUCGCAACAGCGGCAGAGCACAAAUAGUCAAGCAGCUAACAGAAGCACAAGUAAUUCAGGAAGAAACCAUGCUUCUGCAUCUAAUGCCACAGGAUUCAGUAGUCAUGAUUCAUAUAGUCAAAGCAACUUCCAAUGGGGUCCUUUUUCCAGGACAGGUGGUGCCUCAACUGCAGCUCAAGCUGCAAGUGUGGUUCAGCAAGCAUAUGAGAAAGUGAGGAGAGAGCGGGAGGAAGCGCAGGCAGCUAUAAAAAGAGAAGAGGCCAUGCGGAGAAAGCAUCAUACCUCUAAAAGGGCAAGCGGUGCUUCUUCAACUGGAUACACUAAUGCUGCUAAGAGAAGGAGAGGCAUGGAAGAUGCUAGUGGAAGCACCCAUGGAACUAAUGUCACCAAUCAAAUGGGUGUAGGAAAUGGAGGUACAGCUAGUCUAACAGGAUCAAAACUAGGCAGUUCAGAAACAGGUUGGAUCAAUGGAACCACUAAGCACAACAGUGCAAGAGAUAUCUCUCAGAUAGAAAUUCAAAGUCUGCUGGUGGCGAAGGCCAAGGGAGAAAUUCGAAAGAAACUGCUAGAAUUGAAUUCAUCAUCAGCAGCUACGGCAUCCAAAGAUAUUAAAGGCAAUGAAAAUGCAAAUGAGAAACCAAACAAAUCUUUGGUAAACAAUGAAGCACAGGAUCAGAACAAGUUAGGAGGGUUUGUUGAUAAAAUCAAUGGGGAUCAUUGUGCCAAGACUUUUCCUGGCAGUCGUGUCAAAACUGAUCCGGAAACAUUGGAAGCAAUGUCCAUAAAUGUCCCAGAUCCAGAUUUUCAUGACUUUGACAAGGAUCGAACUGAAAAAUCUUUUGGAGAUAACCAGGUAUGGGCUGCAUAUGAUGAUGAUGAUGGGAUGCCUCGAUAUUAUGCCAUGAUCCAUAAUGUUAUUUCUCUGAAUCCAUUCAAGAUGCGGAUCAGCUGGCUUAAUUCAAAAACUAACAGUGAGUUGGGUCCACUUAACUGGGUAGGUUCUGGUUUCUCAAAAACCUGUGGGGAGUUCAGAAUAGGCAAGCAUGAGAUCAACAGCUCACUUAAUUCUUUUUCACACAAGGUUCGGUGGACAAAAGGGAUGCGUGGGGCCAUUCAUAUAUAUCCAAGAAAGGGUGAUGUUUGGGCUAUCUAUAGGAACUGGUCCCCUGAAUGGAAUGAGUUAACUGCCGAUGAAGUAAUACACAAGUAUGAUAUGGUAGAAGUACUUGAUGACUACAACGAAGACCUAGGUGUGGCAGUUACUCCGCUUAUCAAGGUUGCUGGUUUCAAGACAGUGUUUCACCGACAUCUGGACCAUAGAGAAAUUAAAAGGAUUCCAAGAGAAGAGAUGUUUCGUUUCUCUCAUCAAGUUCCUUCAUACUUGCUUACAGGUCAAGAGGCUUCCAAUGCUCCAAAGGGUUGCCGGGAGCUAGACCCAGCUGCUACUCCGGUGGAACUUCUUCAGGUAAUUAUAGAUGUUAAGGAAGAAGAGAUUCUGGAAAAUGAUAAGGAGAUUAAUGAAGAACAUGUUGUUGUGGAUGUAGAAAAAGCUAAUGAUAGAGGGGUAGUGGAGAAUAGUGAAAAACCUAGGGAAGAAGAGGACAGUGGUUCUCAAGUUGAAGAAAUAGAAAUUAUAGCGAAUGUUAGAAAUACUUAAAGAAGAUGAGAGAAUGGAGCAUGAUGAAUAAGGCCGAUUAAUUGAGUUCAAGAUUAACUGGUUUUGUUGUGGACAGAUGAUAUGGACGGUCGUAAAAUUGGGUGGAACUGGUUUCAUGAUCAUCCAAUGUGUACAACCUUGGCCUGUUAUCUCACCUAAACGUUUGGAGUUGACCUCAAAAUGUAUCUAACCAUGCGAAAAUCUGCAAGUUGAUGAUGUUUUAGAAGUAGAUCCACAGGUUUUGGGGUUUCCUGCAGUUCAUCUUGAAAGCUGAUUCUGGUGCUGGUUGUGGUAAAUGGAACUUCUUAGGGUUUUGAAAGCAGAGAGCUAUACAUGCUAUUGUAUGCUGUUUCAGCCCAGGGAACAGCUCUUUCUCCAUCAUAACUCUUUAACCUGCAGGGUUGCUGAUAGCCUGCACUCUUACUAUUUCAAUUUUAUAGUGUUUUUCUUGCUCAAUUUUCUCAUCCUUAGUAUUUGACGGUCAUGGAUUCAUGUUCUUUUGUACUUGGCUGUAUAGUUGUACUGUUAGUUCAGAUUAGAGGUUCAAUAACAGUGAAGAUUGUGGGUAGAUACAAUUACUGCUCAAAUCAUAUUAGAAAUUAUUAUUUACUUUUUACCAGAA